AUGACCUUCGUCCAGAGACGACCAGCGUCCAGAGACGACCUGCGUCCAGAGACGACCUGCGUCCAGAGACGACCAGCGUCCAGAGACGACCUGCGUCCAGAGACGACUUGCGUCCAGAGACGACUUGCGUCCAGAGACGACCUUCGUCCACAGACGACCUGCGUCCAGAGACGACCUGCGUCCAGAGACGACUUGCGUCCACAGACGACCUGCGUCCAGAGACGACCAGCGUCCAGAGACGACCUGCGUCCAGAGACGACCAGCGUCCAGAGACGACCAGCGUCCAGAGACGACCUGCGUCCAGAGACGACCUGCGUCCAGAGACGACCUGCGUCCAGAGACGACCUGCGUCCAGAGACGACCAGCGUCCAGAGACGACCAGCGUCCAGAGACGACCUGCGUCCAGAGACGACCUGCGUAUAA